CUUAAACUUUUGAUUUCCCGCUCAACCUUCGCUUGCUAACUCUUUUUACUUUUCCCUUCCCUCAGAUCCUCAGAUUCCUUUUCCUUUUCUUUCAACAUCAAGGACUUCACGAAUUGACAAAGUAAAAGGGACACGCAUUUUACACAUUUAACACAUUGACGCGGCAAAAUUGGUGAUCAAUUUCUCUCUCUUCACGACAACCAUUUUAAUUGACAUACUAGUCAAUCCAACUUUUUUACGUCGCGCAUUGAGCAUUGAUUGAUUGAAUCUGCCUGCACCUGCAUUGAUUGACGAUUGACGUUUGACGUAUACAUUUGAUCGCUUAACACUGAACGUUGCGUGUCAUCAAAGCGUUGCAAAUCUCACUUUGCAUCAUUUUGCAUGCGCCAACCUGCCGUAUCCUCUUGUGCUGUGCGUUAAGCCUUGGGUCUUGAAGCAAUAGGGUAAUAGGCAAAUAAGGAAUAGGGCAAUAGGGCAAGGUCUUGAUCAUUCCAACGUUUCAAGGUUAUCAGCAAUACUUUUAUUGCCUAGAAGUGAACGAAAUCGAGGCAUUAUCCUACUUUUAUUUCUACCAUUGUCAGCGCAAUGGCCGAGGCGCAACCCAACAUCCAGGCGAUUCUCGCCGCUCUUGCGGCCCAGUCAGGAGCCUCUGCUGCCCCGUCUCAGGCACAAGCACCCGCGCCCUAUGCCAUCCCCACCGGCUACCAACAAGGCCCGGCGCCCAAUGCCUACGGGGCAAUGCCACCCUCAGUCCCUACCCAAGCCCCGACGUAUCCUGGUUAUCCCGUGGAUUUGAAUGCCAUCAGACCCGUCACCUCGGGUACUAUGAAUCUUGGAGACCUCGACCGACCUGAUGCUCGUACUGCUCCUCCCAGGCAUUUUAGAUCGCGCUCGCGCUCCCCGCCGCGUCGUGAUGUACGUGACAACGUCAAUCCCUACCGGGAUGAGAGACGCAAUGAUCGUGGUACACAUGUCCGUGACUAUGGUCGCGAUCGUGAUCGUUCAGAAUCGCCCGAUAACAGUGAGGUUAUUGAUGUUGAAUCCACUUUAGUUGGCCUGGUUAUCGGUCGCCAGGGUGAGAAUCUGAGACGUAUUGAAUCCGAGACCUCAUGCAGAGUGCAGUUCCUCUCGUCUACUGGUGAACAAGAAGCCUACCGCCAGUGCAAGAUCACUGGUCCUCGACCUAGACGUGCUGAGGCCAAAGCUGCCAUCAACAAGACAAUCGAUGAUAGUGGCAUGGGCGCCAUUGCUCGUGCCGGUCUCGACAGACAGCCUCAUACCCGCCGUGAUGCUCGUACUCCCAACCCUAAUGCGUUACGCGACGGAGAGGACUAUGAGCAGAUUGUCGUCCCUGACCGUACUGUCGGUUUGAUUAUUGGCCGCGGAGGAGAGACUAUUAGAGACCUACAAGAACGCAGCGGUUGCCACAUUAACAUUGUAGGAGAAGAUCAAAGUAACAACGGUCUGCGCCCAGUAAACCUGAUAGGACCAUCCAAAGCAACAGCCUUGGCUAAGACUAUGAUCAUGGAGAUUGUUGAUAGUGACAAUCAUAGUAACGACAACGCCGCUGCUAGCAACAUCAGUGCCAUCAACAAACCUCGCCAGCAGAGGCCCGACCAUCCUCCCCGCGAUAACGGUCAAGGCGGCCCUGACAAAGUGAACGAUUCUAUCUUUGUACCAUCUGAGGCCGUCGGAAUGAUCAUAGGCAAAGGUGGCGAGACGAUCCGAGAGAUGCAGAACACUACUGGCUGCAAGAUCAACGUGACUGCCUCAUCAGGACCCAAUGAAGUACAGCGCGAGAUUGGUCUCGUGGGAUCUCGCGACGCUAUCAACCGUGCUAAGAGAGCUAUUGAGGACAAGGUUGACGCAGUUCGACAGAAGAACAACGGGACCAACCAAGGUCGCGGAGGUCGCAACCAACAUCGUCGUGAUUGGGAUAGCCCCAGCUUCCCUCAACAAAGCACUCAGGCAGCUGAUCCAGCAGCUAGCGCCGCCGCCAAUGGUGCUGCUGAUCCCUAUGCACCUUAUGGCGGAUAUCAGCGUUACUUAGCCCUUUGGUAUCAGAGUCUUGCCCAGCAACAAGGAGCUCAGCCUCAGGGCGAACAGCCCCAGUCUUAGAAAGCUUGGGCAUCUCUCUAUUCGUUUUCUAGUCAUGAACGUUCCUCCUUUGACUAGACGAUACUUUACGAUCGUAUGACUGAUAUCUACGAAUUGAUACGAA